AUGACCAAAGAUUGGAUUAACAUCCAUAGGCCUUAUUUUGGAGCUUUUUUGGAGACUCACAUUUUGGAGAAUAAUAAAGAGAGAAUUUUGCAGGCAAUUCCGAGGGGGUGGAAUUACUUUGGGAAUUAUGGAGAUAACGAUUCUGGACGUAUUGUAGUUGUAUGGGAUCCGAGGGUUACUCUAGUUGUCUAUAAGGCUUCAGCUCAAUCAGUCACGUGCGGGAUUAACAUCUUGUCUGAAAACGUCUCCUUUACUGUCACUUUUGUGUAUGGUUUCAACUUGGUAGAGGAACGGGGAAGUCUCUGGGUUCAUCUUGCUGACCUUCAGGCCACAACUCCGGUCUCAGUCCAUCCUUGGUGUGUUCUAGGAGACUUCAAUCAGAUGCUGCGAUCUUCACAUCACUCAAAUCACCUGGUUGCUCACACUGAUGACUCCGGUAUGGAUGAAGCUAAUAUCGGAUUACAAGAUGCUCAGCUUUUUGAAGCUCAGUCUAAAGGUUUACCGUUUACGUGGAGAAACUGUCAAGAUAACAAUCCAAUAUCCACGAAGAUUGAUCACGCCUUCAUAAACCAACCUUGGUCAUCAUCUUUUCCUGACUCCUUUGCGGACUUCUUAGAUCCUUCUCAGUCAGACCACGCGCCUUGCUUCUUUCGUAUGCCAGCUAUGAGGAGACAGAUAAUCAAACCGUUUAAAUUCUUCCAUCAUGUCAUAGACCACCCGGAAUACGCUGAGACGGUUACUGAAGCUUGGAACUGUGGGCAGAUUACUGGUACAGAUCAAUACAAACUGGUUCGAUCAAUGAAACUGCUUAAGAGGCCGCUACGUCGCCUUAAUAAGCGUCAUUUUAGUGGUAUUUCGCAAAGAGUCAAGGCGCAGAAAGAGAAAGUGGAUGAGCUUCAAAGGCGUUUGCUCACCUUACCUGAUGGGGAUACGGCCCAUGAAGAGUACCUCGAGAGAGAUAAGCUGAAUACUUUGCUCAAGGCGGAGGAAAAAUACUAUAAACAGAGGUCUAGAGUUCGCUGGGCUAGUGUUGGGGAUCGCAAUACCCCCUUCUAUCACAGUAUGGUUACUCACCACGCUUCAGGGAACCAUAUUCAUUUUCUCAAGGAUGCCAACGAUAACUUGAUCUAUGGAGUGGAGGAAAUAAAAGCUCACGCCGCAGACUAUUUUAAAGGGAUUCUUGGUUCUACUGAUCUUCCGAGCUUCAACAGAACUAUCUUAAGCGAGAAGUAA